UCUUCUAUUAUUUGGAUGGGAGAAGCUGUGUUUUGAGCAAGCGUUUGCCCAUCAUUCUCACCCACCCCCAUGUAUGGUUAGGGCUAUUGAAAGGCUCCUACAGAUGUGGCCCAAUAACUUUUAUGUGAGUAGUCAGUCCAGAGAAAUCCUUCAAUGUCCGCUAAGAAAUCCAGUUGAUUUGUUUCACUCUGAGACUAUUGUGAAAAUAUGUGCUCCUAUGGUGAGAUAUUCAAAAUUGCCUUUCAGAACGUUAGUCCGGAAAUACAACUGUGAUUUAUGCUACACUCCAAUGAUUGUUGCAGCCGAUUUUGUCAGAUCUGUAAAAGCUAGACAUAGUGAAUUUACUACAAACCAAGGUGAUCGCCCUCUGAUUGUUCAGUUUGCCGCUAAAGAUGCACACGUUCUAGCAGAUGCUGCUUGUAUCAUCAGUCCUUUUGCCGAUGGCGUAGAUGUAAAUUGUGGCUGUCCACAGAGGUGGGCUAUGGCGGAAGGUUUUGGUGCUUGCUUAAUAAACAAACCAGAACUGGUGCAAGAGAUGGUGAGGUUGGUAAGAAAUCAAGUGGAAAACCCCAUGUUUUCAGUAUCUAUUAAGAUAAGGAUUCAUGAUGACCUAAAGAGAACUGUAGACCUGUGUCAAAAAGCGGAAGCAGCUGGAGUAUCCUGGAUUACAGUCCAUGGGAGAAAUAUAGAAGAGAGACACCAGCCAGUACACUAUGAUGCAAUUAAAAUAAUUAAACAAAGUAUGUCUAUACCGGUUAUAGCUAAUGGUGACAUUAAAUCUUUGAAAGAUGUGAAGGAUGUUCAUCAAAAAACAGGAACAGAUGGUAUCAUGGUUGCUAGGGGGCUUUUAGCCAAUCCUGCCAUGUUUGCAGGAUAUGAAGAAACACCUCUGCGGUGCCUGCAGGACUGGGUCGAUAUUGCUCUUGAACUCGGGACUCCUUUUGCAUGCUUUCACCACCAUUUAAUGUACAUGCUGGAAAGGAUUACUUCAAAGCAAGAAAAGAAAGUUUUCAAUGUUUUAUCAAGUACAUCGGCAGUUUUAGACUACCUUAGAAAUAACUACGGUGUGCAUGACACAGUCGUGCCUGAAAUUAUUAAGGUCCAUGCAAUAUCACUUCAUGUCAGCAUUCGUUUCAAAAGCGGCCCUGAAAAAGCUCGCGGAGCUGCGGGUCGAGGCCGCAGGACCCCGGAGGACGCCUCUCCCCCUUCGGGUGAUGAAGGGAGGAGGGAAAAGGCCGCAGCAGCAGCAACAGCGCCUCUUUGGAAAGCGGGAUCCCUCACAGAUAAGAUGACUUUUCAGUGGACAGCUGUUGCAGCCUUUCUCUAUGCCGAAAUAGCAAUAUUACUGUUGCUCUGCCUCCCGAUUAUUUCUCCUCUGAGAUGGGAGAAGGUUUUUAUGAUCUCCGUGUGGAGCAGAAUUAAAAACUAUUGGAACAAGGGGUUCCUUACAAUUAUAAUUCUGUUAAUUGUUUUAUUUCUGGAUGCUGUAAGAGAGGUGAGGAAAUACUCAAAUGUUAACUUAAGUGAUAAAACUGCACAUACAAGUGCCAAUGCAUUGGAUCACAUUCAAAUGAAACUUUUUAGGUCACAAAGAAAUCUUUAUAUCUCAGGAUUCUCUCUCUUUCUUUGGCUUGUACUGAGACGUACCGUUUCCCUUAUCACUUCAUUGGCAAAAAAGAUGGGAGACCAGAAAGCUCUAGAAAUGGAAGUAGAAAAUAUCAACAAAGUUGCCAAGAAGUGCUUGGAAGAGAAUGAAAAACUUCAAUCACUGAAAGCUAAAUGUGACAUUCGAGAGGCAUCCGACGAAGAGCUACAGGAAGAAGUGAAAAAGCUGAAAGACGAAUUAAAGAAAACUUCACAUGCUCUCAGCAUGGCCAAAGAUGACUUUUCUACAACUCAGAAGCGGUGUGAAGACCUUAGAAAAGAAUAUGACCAACUUACAAAAGAAUACAAUAGAAUGCAGUGUUCUUCAGGUGGAAAACCUGAUAAGAAAGGCCAGUAAAUGGAGUACAAGGACAUCAUUAAUGUGCAUCAACAUGAAUCGUCUCUUGUUCCUGUCUUUACUCUCCAAAGCUGUAUAAAAACAAGGUCUAUUUUCUUUAAAGGGAAAUGCUCUGCAUUCAUAGCUGAAACGCUAGGUUGCCAAACAUAUUUUAUUUUGCAAUGGAAAUAGUGGCUAGGAUCCAAAGACCUACUUUACUUGUGUCAAAGGUACAGUGGAAGUUUUGCUUUGAUUUUUGUUCUUGUUCUUAUUUGAAUGGCAGAUUCCCAUGGCAUGUCACACAAACUACAUUAAGCUGCAAAAGAGAUUUGCCAUGUCUCAUGGAGGGCUGGUGUUCAAGAAAUACAAGUCUAUACCUCCUUUGAGCACACAGCUUUAUUUGUGUGGUUAUUUGGAUGCAGACCAGUAAGUGGUGUGCUGUCAGUAUACUGUGAAGAAUCUUUUUAAUCCUAUAAGGAAAAUGUAAAGCAGUUUAAAAUGGAAAUUUCCAUUAACCACUGUUCAGCUUCUAUCCAGUUUUACACUGAAACUGAAAAAGGUAGGAGAUUGUACAACCGCCAGCUAUAGUAAUGUAGAAGAGGCUUUAUAAACUACAUCAAACCAUGAUGCUAAAAGAAUAAGCAUAGUGAAACAUGCUACAUCCAGAUAACUUGACAAACAGUAAAAAGCAUUAAAAUAAAUUUUAAAGGACUUCACAUUUAAUUGCAUAGUUAUUUAUAGCUGAGAGUUUCUUCUUUCCCCAUCUUUAGAUUUUUACUAUAGUAUACUUAUCUACUUCAUAUAUUAUCUACUUCAUGUAUUUUCUUUCUGCAAUGGGUGAUACCUCUGAAAAACACAUAUAUGUAACUUACAAAACAGGCUUUUAUGCUGAUUUGUUAUUUGUGACAUUGUUUUUUUCUUAAAACCUUCAUUAUCGCCAACUGAAAGGUUUUGUUUUUAUUUUUUUACAUUGGUUCCAGUAUGCUGCUUGGGUGUUGAUUUGUUAAUAAAGAGAUUGUUUAAGCUUG